CGGAAUUCCAAAUAUGGAAUUGGGCUCCAAAUUCGCCUCUGUAACUGCAAGCCUCGAUGAGCUUCAUUUGACUGGACCAAUAUUUGUUUAUCUUUUUACUCUUUACACCCGUUUUGGCAGGAAAAAAUUCUGUUCCUGCUCUCCGUGUGAAAUUAUUACAUCAGUUUUGACAUUAUAAAUAACAACAUCUGAUAAAUUACUGGUCACCACGAACACCGGCCACAGUUCUGAAGAUGUUUGUAGCUCGCAGCCCAACACAUGUUGACAAGAGAGGCGCUGGCACCGUUCCUAAAAAACGAGGAAGCGCGUCUGAUGGCGGAGAGCGGCGGGGUGAGGAGGAGCCCGUUCCAGUACGUUCUGUGUGCAGCCACGUCUCCGGCCGUGAAACAGACCGAAGAGACCCUCACUUACCUCAACCAAGGUCAGUCCUAUGAAAUCCGUAUGCUUAACAGAAAACUAGUGGAGUAUUCAGACAUAAGCACCAAAUAUGUGAAGAGCAUAGUGCGGGUGGUGUUUCAUGACCGCAGGCUGCAGUACAUGGAGCACCAGCAGCUGGAGGGCUGGAGGUGGAGCCGACCCGGGGACCGCAUCCUCGAUAUCGACAUCCCUCUCUCAGUGGGCGUACUAGAGCCACGUUCACACCCGCUCCACCUCAACACCAUCGAAUUCCUGUGGGACCCUGCCAAGAACGCCUCCGUCUUCAUCCAGGUGAACUGCAUCAGCACAGAGUUCACUCCCAGGAAACACGGAGGUGAAAAAGGCGUUCCGUUCAGGAUCCAGGUGGACACUUUCACCACCAACGAGCAGGGAGAGUAUAUGGAGCACGUGCAGUCGGCCAGCUGCCAGAUCAAAGUGUUUAAGCCUAAAGGAGCAGAUCGUAAACUGAAAACAGAUCGGGAAAAGAUCCACAAAAAGGAGCCCCAAGACCGGGAGAAGUACCAGCUCUCACACGAGACCACCGUACUCAAAGAGUGUUCUCCGUGGCCUGACGCUGUGAACCUCCCAAACCACAGCAGCAGCAACGGCGGCGGCAGCAACAGUCUCCCUCUGUCUCCAGGUUACCACAGCCCCCCCGCCCCCUGCUCCUUCACUGAACGCAGCUGUUCCCCAGACCAGCCCGCGGAGCUGCUCGUAGCCGGCUGCACGGAUCACCUUCUGGCCACGUCCUCCCCACAGGACACACAGCAAUGGCUCCUCCAACACAGGUUCACGCCUUUCUCAAAGCUCUUCUCCAGCUUCUCAGGAGCUGACCUGCUGAGGAUGAGCAGAGAAGAUCUGAUCCAGAUCUGUGGCCCGGCCGACGGCAUCCGCCUCUUCAACACUAUGAAAGGAAGGACGAUACAGCCACGGCUCACCAUCUACGUGAGUCAGCAGCAGAGCAGGACCCCCGCCUCGCUCAAAGCUGUGGGAGGAGACAUCUACCACGCUCUGUAUUUGGAGGACCUCACAUUGUUGGAUUUGACUGAUAAACUGGCCAUGCUGUUUAACACUUUACCCCAGAGAAUCAUACACGUGUACAGACAGAAGCCAGCGGGGAUUCACGUACUAGUCACUGAUGAGAUGGUGCAAAACUUUACAGAGGAAACAAGCUUCAUCAUCAGCACAAUAAGAGAUGAAAACACAGAUGGAUUCCACAUUGUUUUAAAAUGAACCCCAACUAUUGUACAGCCUGUAAAUAUACUUUUUAUGUUAUAUUUUCUGUUUUUGGACGGCUUUAGUUUUACUUAGCCUACUCAUUUUUGCUUUUGGUUCCAAUAUUGAAGCUUCAAGACCAGCUGAAGCAAAAGCAGAAGUCUAAAAAUGUUAUUUGUACAUUUACCACAAUGUUGUAAAAACUACGCCUACUUCUGUACAGGCAUAAACUGUAAUAUAUGAAAAUGAAAAUUCUGUAAUAUUUAAAUUGAAAGACCAGACUGAUAAUUUUGGUUUUGUCGUGUGUGUGGAUUGUUUUGUAAAUAAAUAAAACACUGUAAUAGUACGUUUACA